AGGAAGUUCUCGCGGGAGUACGGCGGAGGAGCGGAAGCGAGGCGGCUCUGGUGCUGCGGCUACCGGGCGGCGGCGGGCGCUGCUCUGCGGGGAGCGCCGGGAUCUCGGCAGCCGCUCACUGCGGGUGGACGGGCCGGCGGGGCGAAGAGCGGGAGCUUGGCGCCACUAUGCCUGGAACUUCCAAUUUUGAAAGAAAAUCCAUUUUGAAUGUCAGUGGCAGCACCACUUACCCCGUACUCCAGGGCAGAAUCUUACAUCUCCUGUACAGGCAGUUCCAGUGAAUCAGAUCUCAGGGAGGGAGGAGAGUCUGAGCCCAGAUAGUCGGGCCGUUGCAGCAGGGAGGUCUCCAUUCCCUCCUGCCCCAAGCUGCUGAGCAUUUAGCAGCUCUCAGCAUGGAAGCCAUCGCCAAAUACGACUUCAAAGCCACUGCAGAUGAUGAGUUGAGCUUCAAAAGGGGUGACAUCCUCAAGGUGUUGAAUGAAGAAUGUGAUCAAAAUUGGUAUAAGGCAGAACUCAAUGGAAAAGAUGGCUUCAUUCCCAAGAACUAUAUAGAAAUGAAACCACAUCCGUGGUUUUUUGGCAAAAUCCCCAGAGCAAAGGCAGAAGAAAUGCUUGGCAAACAGCGACAUGAUGGUGCCUUUCUUAUCCGGGAGAGUGAGAGUGCACCAGGGGACUUCUCCCUCUCUGUCAAGUUUGGAAAUGAUGUGCAGCAUUUCAAGGUGCUCCGAGAUGGGGCUGGAAAGUAUUUCCUUUGGGUGGUAAAGUUCAAUUCUUUAAAUGAGCUGGUAGAUUAUCACAGAUCCACCUCGGUUUCCAGAAACCAGCAGAUAUUCUUGCGGGACAUAGAACAGGUGCCACAGCAACCAACAUAUGUCCAGGCCCUCUUUGACUUUGACCCCCAAGAAGAUGGAGAGCUGGGCUUCCGUCGGGGAGAUUUCAUACAGGUCCUUGAUAACUCAGACCCCAACUGGUGGAAAGGAGCCUGCCAUGGGCAGACCGGCAUGUUUCCACGUAACUACGUCACCCCAGUGAACCGGAACAUCUAAGAAUCAAUAAGAAAUUAUUUAAGGAAACAUGAAAUUUUUUAAACAUACACACAUACAAAAGUAAAAUCCACAUGCUGCAUCUAACAGCAGCCAGUGAGGGAGCUCUGAGCAUCUGGCCAUAACACCUAAGUCACCAUAGGGUGACCCUCUCUCACUCUGGAUGGAACUUUGGUGAGGGAGGGGCGGGAAAGGGAGUUGGAUAUAAAAUGCCAAAACUUACCUUUAAAUUAAGAAAAGAUCAUUUUUAUUACAGAUUUUCGCAGGUGUUCCUGUUUCCCCUCCUUUAUCCCCUUUUCCCCCAUUCUUUCUCUUCUGUCCAUCAGUGCAUGACAUUAAAUGACACACCUAAUCUUAACUGAUGCAGAUAAUAAAAGAUAAGAAACCAUGUGGACUGGUAUUUUCUCUAUGCAGAAUGUCUGUUUUAGGUAGAAUGUGCAACUGAAAAGAGAGGACUCCUGACAUGUUCAGAAUUCAGAUCUUUUUGCUCUGAGAAAGUAUUUGUGGGUUUGGGUAAACCUUGUAUUUGUCAUUUUGGGAGCAAAGUAGAGUGAAUAGAUAUUUUGCCAGUACGUGGGCCAUCUUGCAAAAUUCUACAUAGCAGAAGCUUGGGUUUUUGUUUUUGUUUUUUUCCACCAUGUUCUCUUCUAAGUGGUGUGUUGUUGAACAUUUUUAUAGUGCCUUUUCCAUUGUUUUCAGGGUUUUUUUUGGUUGUAAUUUUUAAGUUAAAGACAGUCCAGAGCUUUUCAGCCAAUUUUUCUCUUUAUAUGUAUAAUUUUAUAUUUGUCAGGGAGGGAAACCGGGAGUCAAACAGGGAGAAGUUCUAAGUUCUUAUUUGUCUCUUUGAAGCCAGAAGUCUUUAAGGAUUAAGCUUUAAUAUUGGUGAGCAAGUACAUAAUUUCCAGAGGUAAUGCAUGCAGGACCCAUAGAUGCUGCCAACAGCAGUGCAGUAUGGUAGACACCCCAUGGAAGCAGGGAAGAGGUGUAGCCCUUCCUGUAUUUAAUUCAGUCUGGUAAAAAGAAAGUUGAAGGUCUCAGGUGAUCUCUGGUUCCCUCUUGACUGGUGGGAGACAGUAAUUCUCACAUGUACCUCCCUAUGGCCAGAAAAUGUCCAACUACAAGAAAACCAAAAGAGAAAUUUAAACUAUUGUUCUUGAAUCUUAAAACAUAAUCCUGUAUUCCUACACUGGUGUAGGAAUGUAACUAUUUAUAUUGUCUUGCUCUUAAAAAUAGGGAUAUCUUCUUGGAACUUUGACGUGUGUGUGUGUGUGUGUGUGUGUGUGUGUGUGCGUGUGUGUGUGUGUGUGUCCUGACCUGCUUAAUUGAGCAUUCAAGAAGCAAGGGACUAGUAUCUUCACUUCCUACUUAACAGCGGGCUGUUUAUGGCUAGUCCGUCCUGUCCCACCCGACUGCCCCUAUAAAACUUCUGAAGCAGAAAGAGUAUUUGAGGGAAAUGAUUUUUAACUGAAGGGAGACUAGUUUAACAGCAAUGCCCUUAGUGCUAAGCUUUGGUUACUUUAUUGUUUUUCCAGCGACUGUAUUAUUUUUAUGCCCCAUCCCCUUAAAAUAAACAAAUGGAACCCCCUUCAUUUUUUCCCUUGAGUGUCUUUUUGGUUUUUCUGAAACUUUCUUUGGGCACUUGUAGAGAUGGAUGCUGCCUUUGACAUUCUGAUUCACCAAGAGGUAAGCAACUCUCCAAGCUGAGCAUUCCUUGUGUUCCUCUUCUUGCUAUUUGGUUCUACUUCUUCUUCCAUCAGUAAUGAUAAAAGGAAACUAUGGCAUUCGACACCUGGACCAUUUGAUUGUUUAUUUUGGAAUUGGUGUAUAUCACGAAGCCUUGCUGAACUGUUUUGUGUAUAUGAAAAAAAAAAAUCAGUGUUUAAAUAAAAAGACCUAUGUACUUAAUCCUUUAACUCUGCAACAGCAUUUGGUAGAUAGUAAUUAACUGUGAAUAAUAAACAUACAAUGUAUUCUUCA